AUGCAAUUCGCUACUCUUCUCCUGGCUGCGGCCACGGCCGUGCUGACCUCUGCUCAAGAGACUCCUGACCUGGCGGCAGCGCUCAACAGCACGGAGUCGUUGUCCUCCCUCAACACGCUUCUAGGCAGUUAUCCAGAAUUGCUUGGAACCCUCGCAAACUCCACCAACAUCACCAUCUUCGCACCCAGCAAUGAUGCUUUGGAGGAAUUGAUGUCUUCACCCGGCUUUGAACAGGCUGCUGCUACCCCAGGGUUCAUCGAAGCUGUGCUUCAGUAUCAUGUUGUCAAUGCCUCGCUCUCGUCAGCCAACUUUACCACAAGCCCACUCUUCGUCCCAACCCUUCAAAGUAAUGAGACAUAUGCCAAUGUCACUGGUGGCCAACGCAUUGGGCUCGUCCUCGUCGGCGAAGGCGAUGAUGCUUCUCCCCAAGUCCUGUCUGGUCUCGGAGAGAGCGCCGAAGUGACCGAUGCGGACAUCAUGGUCUCCACCGGAUACGUUCACAUCAUCGACUCAGUCUUGYCUCUUCCUCUCUCUGUCUCUGCGACUGCGCUCGCCGCCAACCUCACCGCCCUCGCGGGUGCUCUCGAGCUUGCAAACCUCACUGAGACCGUGGAUACUACGGAGGACRUCACCAUCUUCGCACCAACCACUGAAGCUUUCGAAGACAUCGCCAGUGUACUUGCGACCUUGAACGCCACGCAGCUGGCAACAGCUCUCCAAUAUCAUGUUGUUGCAGGAACAGUCGGAUACAGCUCUUCGCUCGAGAAUGGAACCCAGAUCGAGGCUUUGAGCGGCCAGCAGCUCAACAUCACCAUUAUCGAGGGAGAAGUCUUCGUGAACAGCGCCCGCGUCAUCGCAGCCAACAUCCUCGUCUCCGGCGGCGUAGUCCACCUAAUCGACUCAGUCCUAAACCCCGACUCCACCAACGUCCCGAACCCAGACGAAGACGAAGACAGCCCCGCCAACUUCCCCGACGCCYCAUCCGGCGCUCUGGCAYUCACUUCCAAUGUCCCGACCGCUACAGCCACCGCUAACGUCACGACUACUGCUGCCGUCUUGCCAUCCGACUACAGCACUCCUCAGCCAGAGGAGGCCACUUCCACCAUUGGUACCGAGACUUCUGAAGACGCUGCUUCGAUGCCGACGGGUGCUUUUGGUGCUGCUGCUUUGUUCGGAGGAGCUGCUCUUCUUGCCAACUUGUAG